AUGGGCUAUGCUACGGAAUCUACUCUCUGGCAAUCAGAUGCCUUCCGCCAGCCCAUCAAGGAUCUCAUCUCGAGGUACUACGAGCUGUCGGAUUCACCCCAGGCAGAUGCUGGAGAGAUCCUAGCCUCCAAAGUCUUCUCUAGCGACGCCUGCGUUAAAUCACCUCAGGGAAGCUUCACUGGCUCAGCUGGUUCUGUAAACCUCGCUCUGGAUGCGAUCAACUUGGUCGUUGAGUCGCGGAAGCACACCAUUGACCGGGCCUUCUUUGGCCAGGGAGAAUCUCCAGAAAUAGUGAUCAUCGGCAGUCUUUUCAUGACCUUUCGCAACGGGAAGACUCUCGAUUCUCCAUUCGCUACCCAUCUCAAGCUUGAUGUUGCUUCUGCCUCCACCUCACAGCCUUUGAUCAGCUUUAUGGAAGUCUAUACUGCAAGUUGUCCUGCUAUGAAGAACUCUGCUCUUGGUGAGAUGUUGUCAAUUGACGAAUUUUGA